UGAGGGUGUCGCGUCGUGGGUGUUUGCGAAGCGGCGGUGGUUACUGAGAUAGCGGUCGCAGGCGAGAGUGGUUAGCGGAGGAGCCCUCGGGGCUGGUCCCCCUUUUGGAACUAGGAGGUACUGCAGAAGCCUCGAGAGGGGAGGACGGUUACUUCAAUUUGUGCACCUCCCAGACUAGAACCGAGGUUCGUACCUUCCUCCCCCGAGUCUUCCCAGUACCUCUCAACCCAGUCCUGCCCUGACCCUAGAAUGACCGAUCAGCCCCGCUUCACCUGGCGGGCUUUGGGGGGGAGGCACUUAGACGCUCCCCUCUCCCCUUAGAACUUGUGUUCGUGUUUGAAGGGCCCAGCCGGCACUUGCCUAGCAUUAUUAGUGGUCCUGGGCUGUGCACAUUCUGACCUCAAACACAAAAUCAGAAUUUCCCUGGUGAGAACUUUAGUGACCCAGGAAAGCAGUCAUUUAGCCCUGCAGCUUCCAGGCCACUACACAUCAGACAGGCUCUGCGAGGAGUGGGAGGAGAAUCACGUGGCUUGACGCACCUGCGCAAGGCCCCAGAGGAGGCAACCCCCAUUUUACAGACACAUGCACUCGAACCCAAGACCCCGGAUGAGCCCAAGACCCCUCUGAACCUGGCUGAACCGAAAGGAGCUAAAACGUUGUGGUUUGCAUGUGUGGUUUGCCGCACCCGGGACUUUCUGCCUUGACUUUGGAAGCACUGGAUUAUCAGUAGAAAGAACGCAGGAUCUGUAGAAAAACUAAACAUGGGUUUGAGUCCUGGCUUUUACUAGUAUGGCCUUGGACACAUCACUAGAGCUCUCUGGGUCAGUUUUCCAGAAGCAAAAUGGAGUCAGGCUCAACCUCCUCCUUCCUGGUGUGCUGCCAACACUGACAAGAGCAAGUGUGUGAAGAUCUUUAUGAACGUAUUCACUGUGUGUAGUGCCCAUGUGGUAGAUGAAGUUACUCUGUGGGUAACUUUGUCCCUUGGCGAUAAGGUGGGCACCCCUCCUGAGCAGAAGGCAGCCGUGUGCCCAGUGUGGAUCAAUCAGUGUUCUGGCAGCCUGGUGUAGGCGUGAACCUUGGUCAGCCCCAUGCUCUUCUCCAUCCCCAGCCCGUGUUCUAGAGUUUGGACUAGGAUCAAAGUCUGGGGCAGCUCCCUAAUUACUAGGGCCCUGGAAGCAUGCUUGUGCCAGGAGGCUGCAAGUGCCUUCAGCAGUUCAUGUUGUUACCCCUUCCUGCAGAUACUGCUUGCCAGCUUCACUGCGCUCAGGCCCGGUAGCACCCACGGCAUUGCCCAUCCUCCGGCAGCUCAUUGCGAAGGUGUGAACUCGACUUUCUUCAGAGCCUCCCCAGCAUGACCUCCAAGAAGCUAGUGAACUCGGUGGCAGGCUGUGCCGACGAUGCCCUUGCUGGCCUGGUGGCCUGCAACCCCAACCUGCAGCUCCUGCAGGGCCACCGUGUGGCCCUCCGUUCUGACCUGGACAGUCUCAAGGGCCAGGUGGCACUACUGUCAGGUGGGGGCUCUGGCCAUGAGCCCGCCCAUGCCGGUUUCAUAGGGAAGGGGAUGCUGACAGGGGUCAUCGCGGGAGCCGUGUUCACCUCCCCGGCAGUGGGCAGCAUCCUGGCAGCCAUCAGGGCAGUGGCCCAGGCAGGCACAGUGGGGACCCUCCUCAUUGUGAAGAACUACACUGGGGAUCGGCUCAACUUCGGCCUGGCCCGGGAGCAGGCCUGCGCAGAGGGCAUCCCUGUGGAGAUGGUAGUUAUCGGGGAUGACAGUGCCUUCACCAUCCUGAAGAAGGCAGGCAGGCGUGGGCUUUGUGGCACAGUGCUCAUACACAAGGUGGCGGGUGCGCUGGCUGAGGCAGGUGUGGGGCUAGAGGAGAUCACAAAUCGGGUGAGCGCGGUCGCCAAGGCCAUGGGAACCCUGGGAGUCAGCUUGUCCUCCUGCAGUGUCCCUGGUUCCAAACCCACCUUUGAGCUCUCAGCCGAUGAGGUGGAGCUGGGCCUUGGGAUCCACGGGGAGGCUGGCGUGCGCCGGAUAAAGAUGGCGACCGCGGACGAGAUUGUGGCGCUCAUGCUGGACCACAUGACAAGCUCCUCCAACGUGUCCCACGUGCCUGUGCAGUCUGGCUCCUCAGUAGUGCUGAUGGUCAACAACCUGGGCGGCCUGUCCUUCCUGGAACUGGGCAUCAUAGCGGAUGCCACCGUCCGCUCUCUGGAGGGUCGCGGGGUGAAGAUCGCUCGUGCCCUGGUGGGCACCUUCAUGUCAGCCCUGGAGAUGCCUGGCAUUUCCCUCACCCUUCUGCUGGUGGAUGAGUCCCUCCUGAAACUGAUAGAUGCUGAAACCACCGCCUCGGCCUGGCCUAAUGUGGCCAAGGUCUCAGUGACUGGGCGGAAGCGGAGCCGGGCCACCCCCGCCAAGCCCCUGGAGGCCCCUGAUUCCACUGCUGCAGGAGGCGCAGCCUCGAAGCAGAUGGUGCUUGUGCUGGAGCGGGUGUGCACCAUCCUCCUGGGUCUGGAGGAACACCUGAACGCCCUGGACCGCGCUGCUGGUGACGGGGACUGUGGCACCACCCACAGCCGCGCUGCCAAAGCGAUUCAGGGGUGGCUGAAGGAGGGCCCACCUCCUGCCAGCCCUGCCCAGCUCCUCUCCAAAUUGUCAGUCCUGCUACUGGAGAAGAUGGGAGGCUCAUCUGGGGCGCUCUACGGCCUCUUCCUGACUGCAGCCGCCCAGCCCCUCAAGGCCAAGACCGACCUCCCAGCCUGGUCUGCUGCCAUGGAUGCUGGCCUGGAGGCCAUGCAGAAGUAUGGAAAGGCUGCCCCAGGGGACAGGACUAUGCUGGAUUCUCUGUGGGCAGCAGGACAGGAGCUCCAAGCGUGGAAGAGCCCAGGGGCUAAUCUGCUCCAAAUCCUGACCAGAGCAGUCAAGAGUGCAGAAGCCGCAGCCGAGGCCACCAAGCAUAUGGAAGCUGGAGCUGGAAGAGCCAGUUACAUCAGCUCUGCGCGCCUGGACCAGCCAGAUCCCGGGGCGGUGGCGGCCGCGGCCAUUCUCCGUGCCAUCCUGGAGGUCUUGCAGAGCCAGGACUCCCUGUGAAAGGUCUUCUGCAUCUGAACUGAGCCAGUGUAGAAAAGCAAGCCAAUAAACCACACUGAAGCA